AGCUCCGGGGCUGCAAAACUCGACCCGGGGCCUUGUGCCCCCUGGGCCCGGAAGCCCUCGGGGCAGGAUCUCCCUCCCGGUGGCGGCUCCGAUUCCUGGUUCCCUUCCUGGAGGUGCAGUCGUCUGAAUCAACACGUCACCGUGUGGCAGCGGCCGCUCCCUGCUGCUGGCUCCGCAGCUGCCCUGGUCCAGGUGAGCUGAGAACUCCGGGUGGGGAUGACGACGCUCACACGUCGAGGAUGGCGUGGGGACAAGAGGGCUGAGUGUGAGGAGGAGGCGGCUGCGGACAGGGAGCUGCCCGACGAGGACUCUGACAACUCCAAAGCCCCCCGCCUCACGCUGAUGGAGGAGGUGCUGCUCCUGGGGCUGCAGGACAAGGAGGGCUACCCCUCCUUCUGGAACGACUGCCUGUCCCCCGGCCUGCGCGGUGGCAUCCUCAUCGAGCUGGCGCUGCGGGGCCGCAUCCAGCUGGAGCCGCUCACAGCCAGGAAGAAGCGGCUGCUGGACAGGAAGGUGCUGCUGAAGUCGGCUGCUCCCACUGGCGAUGUCCUCCUGGAUGAGACCCUCCAGCACAUGAAAGCCUCCGAGUCCUCAGAAACGGUGCAGACCUGGAUAGAGCUGCUCACAGGGGAGACCUGGAACCCCUUCAAGCUGCAGUAUCAGCUGCGGAACGUGCGUGAGCGUGUCGCCAAGGGCCUGGUGGAGAAGGGGAUCCUCACCACGGGGAAGCAGAGCUUCCUGCUCUUCGACAUGACCACUCACCCCGUCUGUGACGCCACUGAGAAGCAGCGCCUGCUGAGGAAGCUGCAGGACAGUUUGUUGGAGCGCUGGACGGGGGACCCGCGCCGCAUGGAGCGUAGGUUGCUGGCGCUGCUGGUGCUGGCCCACGCCUCGGAUGUGCUGGAGAAGGCUUUGGGCAGCCUGGAGGACACGCAGUAUGAGACGGCCACGAGCAGGGCCAGGGAUGUGCUGGAGGCCGACCCGGAGCUGGAGGCGGCCCAGGGCAGAGGGACGGAGGUGAUCUGGGCUGUGCUGGCGGCUUUCAGCCGGGCCUAGGUCCUGGGGGUGUCCAGUGGAGGUGGCUGGGGGCUGUGGGCCCACGCAUGGAGCUGCUCCCCCGGGAAGGGCCCUGUGCCCCCCAGGGGCUGCGUGCGGAGCCUCCCUCUUCUCCCCACUGCAUUGGGACUGGAACUCGGUGCCUUCGGGGCUGUGGGUGCUGGGGGCAGCUCAAGGGCUCCCUUGGCCUCUGUGUCAGAGAGGAAGGGAAAAGAUGGUGAUUUUUUUUUAA